CUCCCGCCGCCAGACAUCACAAUCCCACCUUGUCACAACGAUUUAGGGUCAGUCUCCCAGACGGGAAGGUGCUCUCGCCGUGGACCCCCCCUCCACCUCUGGAUCCCCCUCUAUCUGUAUCUCCCUCCCGCUCUAUCUCGGUGUUUUAUGUCUGCGUCACAACAAGUCUGUCGAGAGCGAGAGGCAGGGAUGAUGGCGUCUCUGGCGGCUUGAUUCCGGUGCUGCUCUGACAAACCCGCCUUAAUAGCAUCAAUAGGUGGUGGCAGAGAGGAGGGGGGUAAGGGGAGCAAAGGCGACGGGAACAUGACGAAACGGCAUCGUGGAGGACGGACAAACUAGGGCUGAGAGACGGACGGACAGUCAGUCGCCUUUCCCCCCUCCUCCUCCUCCUCCUCCUCCUCCUCGCUGACGGCUUGACUGACACACACAGGCGCUUGGCACAGACAGGGACAUACAUGCACAUCAUCCACUUUUUGCAAACACGCAGGCUGCGCAUCCGAGCGGGCAGUAAUUGGGCAGCGGAGAUCCACAGCAGAUGAGGGCAUUUCAUGUCCAGCCUGCCCAGGAAUCACUGUGACCCCGACGGAAAGGAGUUCGACUUGACAGGAUGGGGGGAGUAAGUGAAGGAGAUGAUGUGUUGGCUCGAUGGAGUGAUGGACUACUGUACCUCGGCAAUGUGAAAAGAGUAGAUGGAGUCAAGCAAUGUUGUCUGGUGAGAUUUGAGGACAACUCCGAGUUCUGGGUUCUGAAAAAGGACAUUCACUCAUUCGCUGCUGGAGUGGAAGAAGUUUGCUGUAUUUGUGACGCUCCGCCUCUUAAAGAACCCCUCAUAAAUUGUCUUAAAUGUCGCCACGGUUAUCAUCCAGAGUGCCACACGCCAACCAUCGAACCGGAAGCUGACAGCGAUUCGUGGAUAUGUCGGCAAUGUGUCUUUGCAGUCGCAACCAAGAGAGGCGGGGCGCUCAAACGGGGACGCUUCGCCCGGCUCAUGCAAUUUAUGAAACUCCGGCUUCCCUACCAGCUGUCGUCUUUAGACUGGGACCCGCAGCAUCUGACCAAUCAACAACAGUGCUACUGCUACUGUGCCGGACCUGGAGAGUGGAACCUGAAGAUGUUACAGUGUGGCAGCUGUGGUCAGUGGUUUCACGAGGCCUGUACGCAGUGUCUAACCAAACCACUGCUGUAUGGAGACAGGUUUUACCAGUUCCAGUGCUCAGUAUGUACAAAAGGACCCGAGACCAUCCAAAGACUUCCCAUGACCUGGAUGGAUUUGGCUCAUUUAGUGCUCUACCAUCUCUCGCUGUGCUGCAAGAGGAAAUACUUUGAUUUUGACCAUGAAAUCCUGUCCUUCACCAAUGAGAAUUGGGACUCGUUGCUCCUAGGCGCGCUCUCUGACACGCCAAGGCAGGACCGCUGUCACAAUCUCCUCAACGCUCUGAACUCCCACAAGGACAGGUUUGUCUCUGGGAAGGAGAUCAAGAAGAAGAAGUGUCUUUUUGGGCUUCAGGUCCGAGCCCCACCUCCGCUGACGUCCGACUCGUCGCCCCUCAUCACCGACCCACCUAUCAACAUCACGCACCGGAGAAGCCCGUUGUCACUACCCUGCCAGAGGAGAGUGGGGGGGCCGGAGUCACGUAAAUCAAAGCGUCGCAUCAUGGAGACACAGGCUUGUCCACCCCCAGUCCCUGCCAACUCCAUUGAGCUACUGCCAUGUUGCCAUGGCUACAUGGGAGGGGCCAGCCUUUACAACUCCAGGAAGUCAGAGGAGGAGCUUAGUUUGAGCUCUCCCCCCAAGCGGAUGUACGCCCUGUACCACACCACGUACAACGGAAACACUCCACUCUCCAGGAGUCUCCAUCACUACAACAGCGUGGAGGACACCUGCAGAGUACCGCCUCCUUGCUACCCAUACCCCCUCAACGCCAAUGGCAGCCAUCAUCAUCACCACUCCCACCAGCAUCAUCACAACCACCAACACAACCACCAACACAACCACCAACAUAACCACCAACACCAACACCAGCCGGGGCAGAAGCAGCUGGAGCCCGUCAUCCUACGUGAUAUGCCCCCAUACCAGGCUGGCAUGGGCGGUGGGGGUGGCGUAGGUGGAGGAGGCGGAGGGGGAGGAGGUGGCGGUGGAGGAGGGGGUGUUGUAGUUGGAGGCGGGGACGGGACAGUGGCCAGGAGCUGGGGAGGAGGGGAGGCUGUGAGGAUCUUGGCGAGACGCGUCACGCCGGACGGGAAGGUGCAGUACCUUGUGGAGUGGGAGAACGUGAGUUUGUACUGACACAGAGAGUAAACACGAGACGCAAUGACUGUUUUGCAGUUGCCACAGGAAUACUGUGUAUGUUAUACGUGGCAGUGUUUAAAGUACAAACAAAACAAAAAAAGGAAAAAAGAAACCCUACACGUUGCAAAUCCAGGUUGCUCUCAUAGUAUCACCUCUAUUCUACAUCAUUAUAACUCACUACUCGUUACUAAAUGUCCCUCUUUGCUAGUGUUUCUCUGAUAUUUGUACUGUUAACUUUGGAAUAUGCCUUUGCAUUUAUCAUGUUUAACAGUGAUGAGGGAAGAUACUUAAACCUCCUGAUGAUUUGUGCAUUUUGGGGCCACAUCAAGAAGAGCACGUCUUUAAUUGAACUCAUGUCUUGAUAUACAGCACUGUACAUAAGUGACUGUCGCACGAGAAUAAGAAAAGAAGAUUACUGCUUCUUAAUCGUUAUUUAAUGUUACUUGUUACGUUUUAAGAUAGUUUUACCUUCAUUCAACUGUAUUUUUUCAUAAAUCAAACUGUAAACCUCCACUGACACAACAUGUUGCUAAUUUAAAGGAAGAGUUUUACAUAUUUGCAAUACGUUUAUUUGCCUUCUUGCUGAGAGUAAGAUUAGAAGAUUGACGGCACUCUCAUAUGAAGAUAAACCAGGGGAUGGUCAGCUAGACAUAAAGACUGGAGGCCCUCUAAAGCAGACUAAUUAACAGCGGUAGGUUUGUGGUUAUGUGCUGGACAAAACCAUAGGAAGUCACUGUGGCCAGCCGAGAAAUAGUCCUACAUGUUUCUCCCUGCUUCUAGCCUUUAUGCUAAUCAGUCUCCUAAUCUCUAUAAACUGAAAGACUGUUUAUAGAGAUAGACUGAUCACGUUUGAGUGGCAGGUAAGCAGUGCGUAAAGGUCUGUAAAUGGCCGCAAUCUUGACACCCAUGGGCUAUUGUCUCGUGACAAUGUAGCUUUAUAUUAGUUUUUCAAAAAUUAUUCUGGAUUCAGAUGCAGAUAUCGACUAAGGUAUCUGUUUAUAGAGAUUAACAGAUAUAACAGGUGCACAGAAGACAAAGUCUUAGCCAGAAAUAUUGGCUUUUGCCCCCUGAAGCUUAUCGUCGACAGACUUAUAGCCGAUGGGUUCCGAAAUUGACAGUCUCUUGGUUGUGUCUUUAAAUUUAACAGAUUAACCUGUACAGACAAGUAUCUUCAUAUGAAUAUUUUGAUAUCAGAAACAUUCCAUUAGUAGUCCAAGUAGUAUUCAUCAAUCGCGUUUGAGCGGGCUUUGGUUGUGUGCAGGUAAACAGACGAUAUGGAGAGCAAAAGAGGCAGAACGCAUUGGCCAGAAUUCAGUCUCAGAACCCAACGACUGUCAUCUAACAACACUCGUGCUUUUUAAUAGUUUUUGUCUAAUUUAUCUGCAUUGUUAUGCGGAAAUCUGUUGAUAGAGAUUCGCCGAAAUGUUGUCCGGACCUGUCUCGAGUUGCUGAUCAAACUGUAAACAAUGAGCAGCGCAUGGAAGAGAAAGUCUUGGCUACACUGCAACCCCAGAAAUAUUGCUUGUUGCCCCCAGAGGCAAAAUCAUUGUCAGAUCGAUAGCCGAUGGGAUUCGAGAUUGUUAACAGAUAGACAUGAUGAUCGAUCCUUGAACCGAACUCUCAGCAAGAAAGCAAAUAGGCGUAUUUCCCAAAGUAUGGAAGCAUUUCUUUGGCAAACUGUUUUAAUAACAGGGCAAAAUCUUUUUUUAAAUUUUUUUUUAGAAUAAUUUACAACACAGCUUGACUUGUAGCACAAAACACAGCAAACAAAAAACGAGAUAUGAGGCUACAUGUGUAGUUAGACCCUACUUUGCAUAGUUGUUGAAGGCUGAAGGUUCAUCCAUCCGUCCAUCCAUCCAUCCA